GUGCGCGGGAGCUCGGUGCAGAGAAAUACGGCAGAAUGAUGCUGUCAGAGCAAGCCCAAAAGUGGUUUCCAACUCACGUGCAGGUCACAGUGCUUCAAGCCAAAGAUCUUAAGCCUAAAGGCAAAAGUGGUACCAAUGACACAUACACUAUCAUUCAGCUGGGCAAGGAAAAGUACUCCACCUCUGUAGCCGAGAAAACUCUUGAGCCAGUCUGGAAAGAAGAGGCCUCGUUCGAGCUGCCCGGAUUGCUCAUGCAGGGGAAUCCGGAGAAAUACAUCCUGUUCCUCGUAGUUAUGCACAGGUCCCUGGUGGGGCUCGAUAAAUUUUUAGGGCAGGUGGCAAUCAAUCUCAAUGACAUCUUUGAGGACAAACAGAGAAGGAAAACAGAGUGGUUUAGAUUAGAAUCCAAACAAGGAAAAAGAGCCAAAAGCAGGGGUGAGAUAAAGGUCAGUAUUCAGUUUACAAGGAACAAUAUGACAGCAAGUAUGUUUGACUUAUCAGUGAAGGACAAAACAAGAUCUCCGUUUGCAAAAUUGAAAGAUAAGAUGAAAGGUAGAAAAACUGAUGGGACCUUUUCAGAUACGUCUUCUGCAAUCAUUCCAAGUACUCAUAUGCCUGAUGCCAGUACUGAGUUUUCCAGUGGUGAGAUCCAGAUGAAAUCCAAACCAAAAAAGCCUUUUCUUUUGGGUCCCCAGAGACUUUCUUCAGCACAUUCAAUGUCUGACUUAACUGGGUCCCACGUCUCUGCUGAGAAACUGAAGUCUGGCACCAUUGGUCAAACGCAUCAUCUUGGGCGCCAGAUAGAUUCCUUCGGAGCAGUUCCAGAAAGUGGAAGUCUCAAAUCACCACACAGACGAACGUUAAGCUUUGAUACUUCUAAAGUGAACCAGCCUGACACCAGUGUGGAUGAAGGUGAAUCGUCCUUCGGAAGACAAAAUGACCCAUUUACAAAUGUGACCGCUUCAUUACCCCAGAAAUUUGCAACACUGCCAAGGAAGAAAAACCCAUUUGAGGAAAGCAGUGAAUCGUGGGACAGCAGUGUGAAUUUAUUCUCAAAAUCAGUUGAAGUAAGAAAAGAAACUAAAAGAGAAAAAAGGGAGAAAGUGAGCCUGUUUGAAAGAGUCACUGGGAAGAAGGACAACAGAAGGUCUGACAAGCCCAACGAUGGGGGGUCAGGUAGCCCUUGUGACUUGAAAUCCCCUAAUGCAUUCGGUGGAAGUCCGCAGGACUGUUUUGAUUACGAGUCAACCAAUCCGUUUACAGCAAAAUUCAGGGCUCCAAAUAUAAUGCCAUCUUCAAGUUUUCAUACGAAUCCGACAAGCAGUGAAGACCUCAGGAAAGUACUGGACAGCAACCCUUUUGACGCCACUGCGGGGUACCGGGGCCUGACCCACGAGGAGGUGCUGCAGGAGCUGGUGAAACACAAGGAACUCCUGCGCAGGAAGGACUCGCACAUCCGGGAGCUGGAGGACUACAUCGACAACCUCCUCGUCCGGGUGAUGGAGGAGACGCCCAGUAUUCUGCGGGUGCCGUACGAACCGUCCAGGAAAGCUGGCAAGUGCUCCAAUAGUUAGUAAGCCAACUGCACCGCUUUUAUGAUGAAAAAACAGAGAGAAAUGAAA